AUGGCUGCAAGAGUAGACCUUCCAUCGAUGCCACAGUUUGAUCCUCAUGUAGAUUACAGCAGUUUAGCGACACGAUGGGAACAGUGGCUUAAACGCUUUCACCUUUAUCUUCGAGCGGGAAAAAUCACCGAUAAAACACAACAACGAGCCCUUCUUCUAUACAUGGCUGGGCCCCAAGUACAAACAAUAUUUGAAACGCUAGCUAAUACUGGAGAUGACGAUGACUUCAAAACAGCGGUUGAAAAACUGACAGAAUAUUUCAUGCCGAAGAAAAACCUCGAGUAUGAGAUUUAUAUAUUUCGCCAAGCCCGACAAACGACUGACGAAACAUUGGAUCAGUACCACACGCGCCUUCGAAAGCUUGCUACAACAUGCGAGUUCACCGAUGCUGAUCGAGAAAUUAAAACACAAAUAAUACAAAGCUGCGUUUCUACGCGUCUUCGGAGAAAAGCGCUUCGUGCUUCAACGCUUACUCUGAGUGCCUUACUCGCUGAAGGUCGUUCCUUGGAAGUAAGUGAAAAACAAGCUAAAGGCAUCGAGAAAUCCCUCACAGCCAUCAAGAUCGACGAAAAACUCCCUACUGAAAUCGACGAUAGUGUGAAUGUCAUUCAACAUCAACAACGCCAACAACCGCCGUACGCUCGUCGGGAAACAGUGAAACGCAAGUGUUAUUAUUGCGGGUUAGAUUAUCCCCACAAGAACAAUAGCUGCCCAGCGUAUGGCAAAGAAUGCUCGUUUUGUCAUAAGAUGAAUCAUUUUGCAAAG